AUGCGUUUCGGCAAGACUCUUCGCGAGGCCACCUACGGCCCGUGGAAGGACAAGUACAUCGACUACUCGAAACUCAAGAGUCUACUGAGGGAAGACAAUCGAGAUGACGACACGCCAUGGACCGAGGAGGACGAGACCAAGUUCAGCGACGAGAUCUUCAACGUCCAGCUCGAAAAGGUCUGCACCUUCCAGGAAGAGACCGUCCAGAGCUUCCAGAAGCGCAUUGAUGAGGCAUUUGACAAGCUCAAGGAGCUCGCUCCUGCCGAUGCCAAGGCCAAGGGAGAUGUCGCCACUCAGCCUCUCAAGGAUCUGAAGGCCGAAAUCGACAACAUCACGAAUGAGAUUGAGCAGCUGAAGAAGUACAGCAGCGUCAACUACACGGGUUUUCUCAAGAUUGUCAAGAAGCACGACCGUAAGCGUGGCGACAGAUACAAGGUCCGCCCGCUGAUGAAGCUUCGCUUGUCCGAGCGCGGCCUCAAUGCCGAAAAGGAAUACUCGCCGCUGCUCAAGAAACUCUCAACCAUUUACUACAUCAUUGACUCCAACCUCGAGGCUGGAGGCGAACAAACGGCGCCACCAGACUUGGAACACCAGGAAGAAGUAAAGAAUGGAGAGAGAUAUACUGCACACAAAUUCUGGGUCCACCAAGACAACCUACUCGAGGUCAAGACGUAUAUCUUGCGGCGCCUCCCUGCUCUCGUUUACAGCGACUCAUCUGCAAAGGAAUUGGACGGAAAUGAAGACCCUUCCAUUACAUCUCUCUACUUGGACAACUCCAAGUUCGACCUGUACAUGCGCAAGGUUGAGCAUCAAGUGGACGCCUCUUCGUUGCGCCUGCGGUGGUAUGGUCAAUUGAGCACAAAGCCCGAUAUUUUCUUGGAGCAAAAGAUCAUUUAUGAAAAUGGUACGAGUGAGGAAAAGAAGAUCAACAUCAAGGAUAAGUAUAUCAAGCAAUUCAUCGAUGGCGAGUACAAGAUGGAGAAGACAAUUCAAAAGAUGGAGCGUCAGGGGCAGCAGCCGGAAACGAUCAAGGCAUUCAAGACGACUGCUGAGGAAAUCCAGGACUUCAUCACCAAGAACAAGCUAGAGCCAGUCCUCAGGGCAGUCUACACACGCACGGCCUUCCAGAAGCCCGCAGAUGAUCGUGUCAGGAUUUCCAUCGACUCCGACAUUGCCUUCAUCCGCGAAGAUACUCUCGACCGUGAUAGACCCUGCCGUGAUCCAGGUAGCUGGCAUCGACGGGAUAUUGACGACAGCAACAUGUCAUAUCCCUUUAAGAACAUCAACCAGAGCGAAGUCGCCAAGUUUCCAUAUGCACUACUUGAGAUCAAGGUCAAGGAGGAUGCCAACCGAAGAAAGCCAGCUUGGGUUGAAGAUUUGAUUGGGUCGCACCUGGUCCACUCCGCGCCGCGCUUUUCAAAGUUUGUCCAUGGUGUAGCAUCUCUAUUUGAAGACUACGUCAACAAUCUUCCUUUCUGGCUCAGCGACCUUGAGAGGGACAUUCGCAAGAGCCCCAAGCAGGCGUUUGAUGAGGAAGAACAGAGAAAAGCCCGUCGUGCAGAAGACGCGCAAGUUGUUGGUAGUUUCCUGGGCAAGGGUUCCGCCUCGUACAAAGCAGCGGCUGCGGCAGGAUCAUACAUACCUGCAACAAGCUCACCCGUCGGUCAGUCAUACCUGGCACAACGUGUGCAAGCCGAAGACCAGGCGAAUCAAGGGCGCGACCAACCUGCUCCUCCCGCGGACGAGCAAGCAGAGGAUGAUGAGCACCCAGAUGGAGAAGAGAAUGGCCGGCAGAACUAUGGCACACUGGGCAAGAUCUUGCCAAGCUUCUCCAUUGGCAGUUAUGCACGCCUUCGCCGUGAUCGCGUCAAGCUGCCAGAGGGUGUCAUUGAGCCCACGGCCUGGAUCAAGAACGAAGGCGAACUCAAGGUCGAGCCCAAGGUCUGGCUUGCCAACGAACGUACGUUCCUGAAGUGGCAACACAUUUCGGUACUGUUGGGCACUCUUGCCGUUGGUCUCUACACUGCUGCGGGUAAAAACUUCCUGGCAGAAUGCAUGGGUAUCGCCUAUGUUGCCAUUGCUGCAGCGGCGGGACUCUGGGGCUACACAAUGUUCCACAAGCGACAGAGCAUGAUUAUCGAGCGCAGUGGCAAAGAUUUUGACAAUAUGAUCGGGCCCAUGUUUGUCAGUGUUGCAUUGAUGAUCGCCCUGAUACUCAACUUUGUGUUUGCGUACCGGGAAGCGUUUGAGAAACUACACGACGGCGAAGGGGCUGGUAACGGGACGGCAGCGUUGCCUGUCGGCGAGCUCUAA